AUGGCGGCAGCGUUACCACGACCGUCGAGGCCUUCGUACGGACCUCCCACAACAGCAUUGCCUGCGUUACCGACAACAAAGACGCGGAAAAGCACUGGAAACGACUCAACCCUUUCAGAUGCUAAGAUUAGUACCUCCCCCCCUCGAUUACCAAAAAGCGGACUUCGGGCACCUUCACAUUCGAAUCUCUCAGCUCCAACAACACCUGGAGGAAGCACAACUCUUCCCAAGUUAAGGGCGACCCCUGGUGUGAAUGCAGCGGGGAAGACAAUUCGAAAAACUAUUAGCAUCAAUGCAUUCCCACAACCUCCCCGGGGUAUACGAACAACAAGUCUCCCGCCGAGUCCGUUAUCUGGUGGCGCAAUACCCAGUAGUACUUUAUCCAGCGGAUUAGGGAGCAGAAGGGAAUCUGCAGACACAAGUCCCGCCCCUGGCAAGCAAGCUCGAAAAAAGAAGACUGGUAGCAAUCCCAAGAACCAGAGCUAUGUGAACAUUGCCACACCCAGUUUAUUGAAUGGCAGUGGGGACAGCAGAUCGAUAUCUAGCGGUCCAGGGGCUCGGGGAUCUGACGGGCUGCUAAGCUUACCAUCACCACCUCAAAGCCGUAGCUCAUCUGCGCAAGAUUCGUACUCGACAUCAGCAACGACCGAUGGAGAGGGACCUCGAGGAAGAGAGACUUCAGCUGACAUGUCAAAUGAUAACCAGUCCUCGAAACCCAGUGAAGGCAAGGGCAAUGUCAUUGUCAGCGUUCGAGUGCGGCCCGAUGCUGGUGCAAACGGACAACCUAGCAAGACGGAUGGCGAAUGGAUGGUCGAUGGGAGAAGGUCAUUAGUUGCAUAUCGAGGAAAGGAAGGGGGUGAUUACUACUAUGAUAAUGUUUUUGCGACCCACGACAAUAAUGCUAAAGUUUAUGACUCUUCUGCGAAGAGGCUUGUUCGACGAGUAAUGGAAGGAUACCACGGCACUGUGUUUGCAUACGGAAUGACUGGUACAGGAAAGACGUUCUCUAUGCAGGGAACUGCAACUUCUCCUGGCGUCAUUCCUCUCGCCAUCACCGACAUCUUCUCUUACAUUCGCGAAACCCCGUCUCGAGAAUUUCUCCUUCGAGUGAGUUAUUUGGAAAUUUACAACGAGAAAAUCCACGAUCUUCUGAGUACCCCUCCUGCGGGUACUGGUCCGGGAAUCCCUCAGCAAGAAGAGAUCAAGCUUCGAGAAGAUAGCAAGCGGGGUGUUUAUGCCAGUCCUCUGAAGGAGGAAAUUGUGCAAAGCCCCACACAACUACUGAGAGUCAUCGCUCGAGGUGACCAUGCAAGACGAACUUCCAGUACCCAGUUCAACGCCCGCAGUUCCCGAAGUCACGCCGUCGUCCAGAUCGUUGUCGAAAGCCGAGAAAGAAUACCUGGUAAUGGAGUAAUGAGUGAUAAUAAACGAUCUGGUCUUCUGCCUGGUGGUGUCCGCGUAUCGACACUGAGCUUGAUCGAUUUGGCUGGAUCAGAAAGAGCUGCUGAGACCAAGGAACGAAGAACCGAAGGUUCUCACAUCAACAAGAGUUUAUUGACUCUCGGCACCGUCAUCGCUCGCCUAUCAGGGGACAAGGACAAGGAUGGGAAACCUACGGACAAAGAUGGAAAGCAUCUUCCGUAUCGAGAUAGCAAAUUGACUCGUCUGUUGCAAGGAGCUCUAUCAGGGGACUCCCUGGUCAGUAUUCUCUGCACAAUCCAGAUCGGAUCAGCCGGUAGUGCUGCGGCAGCCAACAGUCACACCGGCGAGACGCUGAACACAUUGAAAUUCGCAUCAAGAGCGAAGAACAACAUUGUCAGUCAUGCCAAGAAGGCAGAGGAAGCCUUGGGAGCUGGAGGGGACGGCGGAGCAAGAGUACUUCUGGAAAGAUACCGCAUGGAGAUUCUGGAAUUGCGGACCCAACUUGAAAGCAAAGCAAAGAACGAGAAUGAAGAUGAUGAGAGAGAACGGGAGAAAGAGGCCGAGCAACGUCAUGAAGAGCAAAUGCUAGAAAUGCAACUGGCUCGAACAGCGUUGAAGGAGCGGAUCGAACAUCUCAAUCGACUCAUUCUCAGCUCGAAGUCAACUGGUGUCAAUGCCAGCGGAUCGUAUUCUUCCCUGGGUAUGCAUCCAAGAUUAUCGGCCAUGACAUCGAAUGGUCAUUUGUCGCAAAUGUCAGCCCGUUCCUCGUUGGCUCCUUCAACGGUCGGGCGAAAUUCUCUGGAGCGUACAGCUUCUGUAAAUUCGGUAUCGACGAUCGGUCAACUUCCAGGAGGUCAACGAUUAUCUGGUGAACGUCGUUCCAGCGGCGAGCAAGGCUCACUUGAGGAUGAGGACUCAUUAGGAGAGUUCGGCGACGGAACGGCCUCGUUGGCUGCACAAAAUCGAGCGCUGCAAGCAGAUCUUGCGGAUAAGACUCGAUACUGCCAGACUCUGGAGAAGCGAUUGAUCCAGGCCAGACGGUCUAGUCACUCCAGAGCAUCCGUUGGAUUUUCGACCCCCAGCAAAGGCGGCAUUAUGGUUGGGGAGGACCACGGGGUGGCAGCUCUGCUCAAGGAGAAGGAUGCUGAGAUCGCGGACCUCCGAGCUCGAUUGGACGACAAGGACCGCAUGUUGGCCGCGCUUCGAAGUGCAGCCAGGUCACGGGACACCGCCGAUCGAGAUCCUCGAGCAUCGCACACACUUGCGAUGCUGGAGAAUGGACCUUUGAGCCCUGUUUCAGCACGUGCCUCGCAGUUACUCGACAAUGGUCCUCUCUCUCCAGUCCUUGCAGGUGGUCCCGUGGGGCUCCUCUCACCCAAAACCCGCAAGCGAACCAAGAGCGUCGAUGAGAUGAGCAAGAUGCUUGACGAGAUGAUCCAAGAUCGAGUUGAGAGCGGUACCUUGAUAAAAGGCAUCCGAGGAAGCAUCCGCAUCGCCAGCGAGCGGAACCGCCACAUCAACGAUCCUAUGCCCGGCUUGGACCGGACGAACUCGAUGCCUUUGGCCAGCGAGGCUCCAGCCCUGGUCGCGGAAGUCUAG